GUCGUUGCCGAAUCUAAGCCACCAUUUUGGUAUCUCGACGAGCAAGGACUAACGAGGUGAGGCCAUGCAACGAGCAACUUGUAUAAUUGCAGCCUGUAGACUGAUGGUUCGAUGUUUGUGGCUACAGCAGCCAUUCGUGCUGUUUUAGCUUUCGCCCGGCGACUCUGGGCUCAUGCGAAAGGGCGCGAGAUAUGAGUCAACGCUAUGUGGCUGAAGAUGCAAUAGUAGUUUGGUAUUGGGAUGAGAUGUCCCGAGAGUAUUACCUUGUUGAUAGUUAAGUUCGAAGUCAAUUUGCACACAGUAUAGUCCUUACUCAUCGCAAUGGCUUCCAACCCCUCCAAAGUAAAAGUGAAAACCACGUUACCAACUCGCCCAUUCCCUCCCGCUUCAGAGCGGCCACGCAUCAUCACCGAAAGACUGACGAUCCGGCCCUUCUCUCAAGAUGACCUUGAGGGCUACCAUGAGUUACGCCGCCAGCCCGAGGUCAUGAUCUACACCUCCGUCGGUCGUAUCGACCUUGACCUCGCAGAGACCCAGGAAAAGUUGAACCUGUUCCUGCCCCCCAACGACGCAAACACUUACAAUUUCGCCGUCUACCUCUCCGCGACGGGAGAAUUUAUUGGCUGCGGUGGAGUGCACAAAACGAACUUUGGCUGGGUCGGCUGGCCAGAGGUCGGCUACAUGUUCAAGCAGGAGCAUUGGGGUCGUGGGUACGCCACCGAAUUUGUAAAGGGCUUCGUUAAGGCGUGGUGGAAGCUACCGCGGUCGCUGGCUAAGCUCGAAGUUGACGCCUUGUCGGUGGAGGGUGGAGGUGGUCUCGGCGAAGAUGGAGUCCCGGAGCAGUUAUCGGCCAUGGUGGAGUCCAAGAACCGGGCGAGUAUGAACAUCAUGGCCAAAGUCGGCUUCCGGCAGUUCAAGGAGUGGGAGGAGGCAGACAAUCGACCGGGAUUUGGGGGUGUUCCAGUCAUCCUCUCCGGUUUCGUACUGUCAUUGGGGGACAAGGCCUAGAAGCACUUAGAGUCUGACUAGCUGAGCUUCGUGAGCAAUGUGGGCAACAGUUCUCGAUGUACGUGGGUUGUUGAUUAGCAGUUGGCAAAGACGCAGCAGAGCAUGGAAAUCUCGUAAAUUCCAAAAUCCAACUGCUCUGAAUGUCAAUGUUUAAGGUGCCCGUUAGGACAUUUUCGUCCCCCUGCCAUCUGCUCUUCAUCCCCCGCCGUUGUUGGUAGCGUGCAGGACAACUCUUAUUUUUUCGAGUCUAAAUAGUUCGCCGCAUUACAACGACGUCGAAGGCACAUAAGAGAGCUUGAUCUAUCUGUCCGAGUUGCAAAUUUCACGGAUAUCUGUAACUCAAUGCGAGCCGUUGUAUGAGAAAACCUUGCCUGGAGAAUUUCUCAUUGAUGCCAAUGUGACAUUAACAAACCUGAGGCCACUUACCUAUACCCUUCGUCUUGAGCUCCGCAUGGCAGGAUUAUCAACGCCCGUGAAGG